AUGACAUCCAGGAAGAAAGUGCUCCUGAAAGUCAUCAUCCUUGGGGAUUCUGGGUAAGUCACCGAAUAUUUGUGUUCUCUUCCUGUUUGACCACAGUGUUUCGUCUUCCACUUUGAUCAGAGACUGCUGUUUGGGUAUUCCAGAUUCAUUAGAAACUACAGUCUACCACAGUCUUCCUGUACAACCAGACUGCUGUUGGUUGGUUGUCCCACACAUUUACAGGUAACUGCUUAAAUAAAGGAAACACUCGAGUAAAUGAGGGGUACAAAGUAUAUUGAAAGCAGAUGCUUCCACACAGGUGUGGUUCCUGAGUUAAUUAAGCAAUUAAAACAUCCCGUCAUGCUUAUGUAUACUGGUCAUGUAUACAAAUGCCCAGUUGCCCAUUAUUUUGGCUACCAUGGCUAGAAGAAGAGAUCUCAGUGACUUUGAAAGCGGGGUCUCAAAGGAGCAUAGGGGGUUUAAAGGGUGUGUGUGUGUGUGUCUGUCUCAGUCACCAGAUCCCAACCCAAUUGAACACUUAUGGGACAUUCUGGAGCGGCGCCUGAGACCGCAUUUUCCACCACCAUCAACAAAACACCAAAUUAUGGAAUUUCUUGUGGAAGAAUGGUGUCGCAUCCCUCCAAUUGAGUUCCAGACACUUGUAGAAUAUAUGCCAAGGUGCGUUGAAGCUUUUCUGGUGCCUCAUGGUGGCCCAACGCCCUAUUAAGACCCUUUAUUUUGCUGUUUCCUUUAUUUUGGCAGUUACCUGUAUGUCUCCAUUUGAUUUAUGACAGUGUACUUUCUAUUUCACUUUCCCUCCACCCCCCUCUCACACUGUGUAAUCUGAUGCUGCUCUAUUCUCAUUGUGUCACUGCAUGCUCAGCACUGCAGAGGAGAACUAGAGAGCGUGAGUGUCCACAGAAUUGCAUCAGAGCACCUCUGAUGGGGUUUUAAUGGUAUCUGAUCUCUCAUACAUAAUCAGAGUUCGCAGCUGAACAUUGUAUGCUGGAAAACACUCUGUUUGUUAUUUUUGAUUAAAACAAAAACGCUAUUCAUAAAUACGAAUACAGAACUUGUUUUUGCUUGGAUUCCACAACGCGGUUAGCUUUUAACAUCUAGGACCGCUAUUUCUUGUCCCGGAAUCCCGCUUAAGAGACAGGUUGAAGCCUGCUUGACAGAGAGGCUAAGCUGCUAGCCAUCAAGCUAACAAAGUUGGUACCAGAUGAGUUUUGCAAUGGAGCCCUCUUUGUCUGGAGAACUAAAUGAACGGUUCCAGCGCUGUAGGAGCUGUAUCUAUUACGCUUCGCUUCGGGACAAACCAGAUCACUUGGAGUUCCAAUGCGGCAAUUGUUUACUUGCCGAGGAUUAUAGGCUUGAGGUGGCCAGCCUACGUAAGAAACUGGGGAAAACGCAGAGUGGAAUGUUUACAUUUUCUACGCCGGUGGCUGGACGGCGUUCGCGCUUGUUGGAUGCAUCUCCGCCUUGUCGUUUGUUAUUAUCCAACUGGCCGGUGUUGCCCGGAGCGCCCCCAUCUGAUAGCGCCGUCAAAGGAGCACAGCAUGAGGAGAAAGGCAAUCAACGAUGGUCGCAUGUUACGAGCCGUGGAAGGCGAAGACAGCGACCUCCCGCAAAGCAAGCCCAGCUCAGCUAAUCCCUACCAUUGUGACGCAGAGUUGUCAAAAUGCUUCAGAAAAUGUACAUUACACAAGGGGCGUCGGUAGACACAAUAUAAGUAACCUAAUUUAUGUCCCUCUAACUGCCCUGAAUGCCUCUGCUGAUCCUACAGCUAUUGUAUGCAGCAAUCAUGUGCCAAAGAACCAGAUUUAUAUUGUUAGCACUGAGCCUGUGUGCCCUAGGAGGAAGUCCACUGUGUGCAGCUCACCCUGCACUAACAUAAAGAACAUGAGCACAUCUACUGCUGCUAAGCUUCCCAGUAAAGCAAUAAAAACAAGUAAGCAUCGCAGAAGAAAAGUGCUCAAAAUAGCCCACAUUAACAUAUGUAGCUUAAGAAACAAGGUUCAUGAAAUCAAUAAUCAAUAACAGAUUACAUUCAUAUUCUGACUAUCUCUGAAACUCACUUAGAUAAUACAUUUGAUGAUACAGUGGUAGCAAUACAAGGUUAUAACAUUUACAGAAAAUAUAGAAAUGCCAAUGGUGGAGGUGUUGCUGUUUAUUUUCAGAAACACGUUCCUGUGAAGAUUAGAGAGGAUCUCAUGUUAAAUACUGUUUAAGUAAUAUGGCUACAGGUUCAUCUGCCUCACCUAAAGCCCAUUCUGGUGGGAAGCUGCUAUAGACCACCAAGUGCUAACAGUCAGUAUCUGGAUAAUGUGUGAAAUGCUUGAUAAUGUACAGUUGAAGUCGGAAGCUUACAUACACCUUAGCCAAAUACAUUUAAACUCAGUUUUAUCCACAAUUCCUGACAUUUAAUCCUAGUAAAAAUUCCCUGUCUGAGGUCAGUUAGGAUCACCACUUUAUUUUAAGAAUGUGAAAUGUCAGAAUAAUAGUAGAGAGAAUGAUUUAUUUCAGCUUUUUAUUUAUUUAAUCACAUUCCCAGUGGGUCAGAAGUUUACAUACACUCAAUUAGUAUUUGGUAGCAUUGCCUUUAACUUGGGUCAAACAUUUCGGGUAGCCUUCCACAAGCUUCACACAAUAAGUUGGUUGAAUUUUGGCCCAUUCCUCCUGACAGAGCUGGUGUAACUGAGUCAGGUUUGUAAGUCUCCUUGCUCGCACACGCUUUUUCAGUUCUGCUCACACAUUUUCUAUAGGAUUGAGGUCAGGGCUUUGUGAUGGCCACUCCCAAUACCUUGACUUUGUAGUCCUUAAGCCAUUUUGCCCCAACUUUGGAAGUAUGCUUGGGGUCAUUGUCCAUUUGGAAGACCCAUUUGCGACCAAGCUUUAACUUCCUGACUGAUGUCUUGAUGUUGCUUCAAUAUAUCCACAUCAUUUUUCUUCCUCAUGAUGCCAUCUAUUUUGCACCAGUCCCUCCUGCAGCAAAGCACCCCCACAGCAUGAUGCUGCCACCCCCGGGCUUCACGGUUGGGAUGGUGUUAUUUGGCUUGCAAGCCACCCCCCUUUUCCUCCAAACAUAACGAUGGUCAUUAUGGCCAAACAGUUCUAUUUUUUUUUCAUCAGACCAGAGGACAUUUCUCCAAAAAGUACGAUCUUUGUCCCCAUGUGCAGUUGCAAACCAUAGUCUGGCUUUUUUAUGGCGGUUUUGGAGCAGUGGCUUCUUCCUUGCUGAGCGGCCUUUCAGGUUAUGUCGAUAUAGGACUCGUUUUACUGUGGAUAUAGAUAUUUUUGUACCCGUUUCCUCCAGAAUGGAUUGAUUUGCACUUUUCGCACCAAAGUACGUUCAUCUCUAGGAGACAGAACGCGUCUCCUUCCUGAGCGGUAUGACGGCUGCAUGGUCCCAUGGUGUUUAUACUUGCAUACUAUUGUUUGUACAGAUUAACGUGGUACCUUCAGGCGUUUGAAAAUUGCUCCCAAGGAUGAACCAGACUUGUGGCAAUAAGUGCAUCGAUGACGUCGUCCCUACAGUGACCGUACGUACAUACCCCAACCAGAAACCAUGGAUUACAGGCAACAUCUGCACUGAGCUAAAGGGUAGAGCUGGCGCUUUCAAGGAGCGGGACUCUAACCCAGACGCUUAUAAGAAAUCCCGCUAUGCCCUCCGACGAACCAUCAAGCAGGCAGAGUCAAUACAGGACUAAGAUUGAAUCGUACUACACCGGCUCUGACGCUCGUCGGAUGUGGCAGGGCUUGAAAACUAUUACAGUCUACAAAGGGAAGCACAGCCGCGAGCUGCCCAGUGACACAAGCCUACCAGACGAGCUAAACCACUUCUAUGCUCGCUUUGAGGCAAGCAACACUGAAGCAUGCAUGAGAGCACCAGCUGUUCCGGAUGACUAUGUGAUCACGCUCUCCGUAGCCGAUGUGAGUAAGACUUUUAAGCAGGUCAACAUUCACAAGGCCGCAGGGCCAGACGGAUUACCAGGAUGUGUACUCCGAGCAUGUGCUGACCAACUGGCAAGUGUCUUCACUGACAUUUUCAACAUGUCCCUGACUGAGUCUGUAAUACCAACAUGUUUCAAGAAGACCACCAUAGUCUCCGUGCCCAAGGACACUAAGAUAACCUGCCUAAAUGACUACCGACCCGUAGCACUGACAUCUGUAGCCAUGAAGUGCUUUGAAAGGCUGGUCAUGGCUCAUAUCAACACCAUUAUCCCAGAAACCCUAGACCCACUCCAAAUUGCAUACCGCCCCAACAGAUCCACAGAUGAUGCAAUCUCUAUUGCACUCCACACUGCCCUUUCCAACCUGGACAAGAGGAACACCUACAUGAGAAUGCUAUUCAUUGACUACAGCUAAGCGUUCAACACCAUAGUGCCCUCAAAACUCAUCACUAAGCUAAGGAUCCUGGGACUAAACACCUCCCUCUUUGCAACUGGAUCCUGGACUUCCUGUCGGGCCACACCCAGGUGGUAAGGGUAGGUAACAACACAUCUGCCCCGCUGAUCCUCAACACGGGAGACUCAGGGGUGCGUGCUCAGUCCCCUCCUGUACUCCCUGUUCACCCAUGACUGCAUGGCCAGGCAUGACUCCAACACCAUCAUUAAGUUUGCUGACGACACAACAGUGGUAGGCCUGAUAACUGACAACGAUGAGACAGCCUAUAGGGAGGAGGUCAGAGACCUGGCCGUGUGGUGCCAGGAUAACAACCUCUCCCUCAACGUGACCAAGACAAAUGAGAUGAUUGUGGACUACAGGAACAAAAAGAGGACUGAGCACGCCCCUGUUCUCAUUGACGGGGCUGUAGUGGAACAGGUUGAGAGCUUCAGGUUCCUUGGUGUCCACAUCACCAACAAACUAUCAUGGUCCAAACACACCAAGACAGUCGUGAAGAGGGCACGACAAAGCCUAUUCCCCCUCAGGAGACUGAAAAGAUUUGGCAUGAGUCCUCAGAUCCUCAAAAAGUUAUACAGCUGCACCAUCGAGAGCAUCCUGACUGGUUGCAUCACCGCCUGGUAUGGCAACUGCUCGGCCUCCGACCGCAAGGCACUACAGAGGGUAGUGCGUACGGCCCAGUACAUCACUGGGGCCAGGACCUCUAUACCAGGCUGUGUCAGAGGAAGGCCCUCAAAAUUGUCAAACUCCAGCCACCAUAGACUGUUCUCUCUGCUACCGCACGGCAAGCGGUACCGGAGCGCCAAGUUUAGGUCCAAAAGGCUUCUCAACAGCUUCUACCCCCAAGCUAUAAGACUCCUGAACAGCUAAUCAUGGCUACCCAGACUAUUUGCACUGCCCCCCCACCCCCACCCCAUCUUUUUACGCUGCUGCUACUCUGUUAAUUAUUUAUGCAUAGUCACUUUAACUCUACCCACAUGUACAUAUUACCUCAACUACCUCAACUAGCCGGUGCCCCCGCAAAUUGACUCUGCACCGGUACUGUUAUUUUAUUUUACUUCUGUUCUUUGUUUCUCAACACGUUUUUGUUGUUGUUUUUUUAUUUUACUUUUUUAUUAAAAAAUAAAUGCAUUGUUGGUUAAGGGCUGUAAGUAAGCAGUUCACGGUAAUGUCUACACUUGUUGUAUUCGGCGCAUGUGGCAAAUAAAAAUUGAUUUGAUUUACAAAAAAGAAUUGGAUUUCUUUUGAUUUUCCCAUGAUGUCAAGCAAAGAGGCAGUGAGUUUGAAGGUAGGCCUUGAAAUACAUCCACAGGUACACCUCCAAUUGACUCAAAUGAUGUCAAUUAGCCUAUCAGAAGCUUCUAAAGCCAUGACAUAAUUUUCUGGAAUUUUCCAAGUCAACUUGGUGUAUGUAAACUUCUGACCCACUGGAAUUGUGAUACAGUGAAUUAUAAGUGAAAUAAUCUGUCUGUAAACAAUUGUUGGAAAAAUUACUUGUGUCAUGCACAAAGUAGAUGUCCUAACCGACUUGCCAAAACUAUAGUUUGUUAACAAGAAAUGUGUGGAGUGGUUGAAAAACUAGUUUUAAUGACCUAAGUGUAUGUAAAUCUCCGACUUCAACUGUAUGUGAUAUCAAUAGAGAGGUAUACUUUCUGGGUGAUUUUAAAUAUUGACUGGCUUUCAUCAGGCUGCCCACUCAAGAGAAAGCUUCAAACUGUAACCAGUGCCUGCAACCUGGUUCAGGUUAUCAGUCAACCUACCAGGGUAGUUACAAACAGUACAGGAAUUAAAUAAUCAACAUGUAUUGAUCAUAUCUUUACUAAUUCUGCAGAGAUUUGUUUGAAAGCAGCAUCCAAAUCCAUUGGAUGUAGUGAUCACAAUAUAGUAGCCAUAUCUAGGAAAACCAAAGUUCCAAAGGCUGGGCCUAAUAUUGUGUAUAAGUCAUACAAUUAGUUUUGUAGUGAUUCCUAUAUUGUUGAUGUAAAGAAUAUAUGUUGGUCCGUGGUGUGUAAUGAGAAGCAAACAGACACUGCACUUGACACAUUUAUGAAAUUGUUUAUUCCAGUUACUAAUAAGCAUGCACCCAUUAAGAAAAUGACUGUAAAAACUGUUAAAUCCCAGUGGAUUGAUGAGGAAUUGAAAAAUUGUAUGGUUGAGAGGGAUGAGGCAAAGGGAAUGGCAAAUAAGUCUGGCUGCACAACAGAUUGGCAAACAUAUUGCAAAUUGAGAAAUCAUGUGACUAAACUGAAUAAAAAGAAGAAGAAACUACACUAUGAAACAAAGAUAAAUGACAUAAAGAAUGAUAGUAAAAAGCAUUCGAGCACCAUAAAUGACAUUUUGGGGAAAAAAGGCAAACUCAGCUCCAUCAUUCAUUGAAUCAGAUGGCUCAUUCAUCACAAAACCAACUGAUAUUGCCAACUACUUUAAUUAUGUUUUCAUUGGCAAGAUUAGCAAACUUAGGCAUGACAUGCCAGCAACAAUUGCUUACACUACACAUCGAAGUAUAUCUGACCAAAUUAUGAAAGACAAGCAUUGUAAUUUUGAAUUCCGUAAAGUGAGUGUGGAAGAGGUGAAAAAAUGUAUUGUUGUCUAUCAACAAUGACAACCCACCGGGGUCUGACAACUUGGAUGGAAAAUUACUGAUGAUAAUAGCGGACGAUAUUGCCACUACUAUUUGCCAUAUUUUCAAUUUAAGCCUAAUAGAAUGUGUGUGCCCCCAGGCUUGGAGGGAAGCAAAAGUCUUUCCGCUACCUAAGAAUAGUAAAGCCCCCUUUACUGGCUCAAUUAGCUGACCAAUUAGCCUGUUACCAACCCUUAGUAAACUAUUGGAAAAAAUUGUGUUUGACCAGAUACAAUGCUAUUUUACAGUAAACAAAUUUACAACAAACUUUCAGCAUGCUUAUAGAGAAGGACAUUCAACAAGCACAGCACUAACACAAAUGACUGAUGAUUGACUGAGAGAAAUUGAUAAUAAAAAGAUUGUGGGGGCUGUUUUGUUAGACUUCAGUGUGGCUUUUGACAUUAUCGAUCAUAGUCUGCUGCUGGAAAAACGUAUGUGUUAUGGCUUUACUCCACCUGCUAUAUUGUGGAUACAGAGUUACCUGUCUAACAGAACACAGAGGGUGUUCUUUAAUGGAAGCCUCUCCAACAUCAUCCAGGUAGAAUCAGGAAUUCCCCAGGGCAGCUGUCUAGGCCCAUUACUUUUUUCAAUCUUUACUAAUGACAUGCCACUGGCUUUGAGUAAAGCCAGAGUGUCUAUGUAUGCGGAUGAGUCAACACUAUACAUGUCAGCAACUACAGCAACUGAAAUGACUGCAACACUUAACAAAGAGUUGCAGUUAGUUUCAGAGUGGGUGGCAAGGAAUAAGUUAGUCCUAAAUAUUUCUAAAACUAUAAAAGCAUUGUAUUUGGGACAAAUCAUUAACUAAACCCUAAACCUCAACUAAAUCUUGUAAUAAAUAAUGUGGAAAUUGAGCAAGUUGAGGUGACUAAACUGCUUGGAGUAACCUUGGAUUGUAAACUGUCAUGGUCAAAUCAUAUUGAUACAACAGUAGCUAAGAUGGGGUGAAGUAUGUCCAUAAUAAAGCACUGCUCUACCUUCUUAACAGCACUAUCAACAAGGCAGCUCCUACAGGCCCUAGUUUUGUCAAACCUGGACUACUGUUCAGUCGUGUGGCCAGGUGCCACAGAAAAGGACUUAGGAAAAUUGCAAUUGGCUCAAAACAGGGCAGCACGGCUGGCCCUUGGAUGUACACAGAGAGCUAAUAUUAAUAAUAUUCAUGUUAAUCUCUCCUGGCUCAAAGUGGAGGAGAGAUUGACUUCAUCACUACUUGUAUUUAUGAGAGGUAUUGACAUGUUGAAUGAACCAAGCUGUCUGUUUGAACUACUGGCGCACAGCUCGGUCACCCAUGCAUGCCCCACAAGACAUACCACCAGAGGUCUCUUCACAGUCCCCAAGUCCAGAACAGACUAUGGGAGGCGCACAGUACUACAUAGAGCCAUGACUACAUGGAACUCUAUUCCACAUCAGGUAACUGAUGCAAGUAGUAAAAUUAGAUUUAAAAAAAAAAAAACAGAUUAAAAAACACCUUAUGGAACAGCGGGACUGUGAAGCAACACAAACAUAGGUGCAGACACAUGCAUACACACGAUAACAUACGCACUAUACACACACGUACACAUGGAUUUUUGUACUGUAGAUAUGUGGUAGUGGUGUAGUAGGGGCCUGAGGGCACACAGUGUGUUGUGAAAUCUGUGAAUGUAUUGUCAUGUUUUUAAAAGGCAGCAGCUAAUGUGGAUCCGUAAUAAAUACAAAUACAUUGAGUUUGGCUCAUGAGCCAUCGGCCAUGGUUCCUCUUUCACCAUUAGGACUGAAUGGAAUAAUGCAGUCAUGUCGAAUACCAGCUAUUAAUCUAUCUUUAACACCUUUCUCUCCCCUGUUUGUUGUCCACCUCUUUCUCUCCCUUCAUAUCUCUCUCCUUCUCAGUGUUGGGAAGACCUCCCUGAUGAACCAGUAUGUGAAUAGGAAGUUCAGUAACCAGUACAAAGCCACAAUAGGAGCUGAUUUCCUGACCAAGGAGGUGAUGGUGGACGAUCGGCUCGUCACAAUGCAGGUACAGCAACAUGGCCACAGCAACACCAUCACAGCAACAAUAUCCAAUAAUAAAGAUGGUGCCGAUAGACAUGGCCACCUUGUUUCAGGCUGCUAAGCAACUUUGCAGUACUUUAAAAAAAAAUUAUGUUCUUUCUCACGUUAUUAGCCCAAAACGUUCUUUGCAUUAUUACAUACAGCUGGAAAUAACUUUUGGAUAUCAGAGAGGCAGUAACUCACCAGCAUUUCGACUUUCCUGAAUUGGAUCCUUUGUUCGUACCUUCCAAGGGGAUGUUGUACCCAUUGUGACGAUUAAAACCUAUCCAAACCAAAAACCGUGGAUAGAUGGCAGCAUUCUCGAUAACUGAAAGCGCAAACGCAUUUAACUACGGCAAGGUGACUGGGAAUAUGAUCGAAUACAAACAGUCCAGUUAUGCCCUCUGUAAGGCAAUCAAACAGGCAAAACGUCAGUACAGAAAGAAAGUGGAGUAUAAGUUCAACAGCUCAGACACGAGACAUACAGUGCCUUGCAAAAGUAUUCAUCCCCCUUGGCGUUUUUCCUAUUUUCUUGCAUUACAACCUGUAAUUUAAAUUGAUUUUUAUUUGGAUUUCAUGUAAUGGACAUACACAAAAUAGUCCAAAUUGGUGAAGUGAAAUUUAAAAAAUAACUUGUUUCAAAAAAUUCUAACCAAUAAAUAACGGAAAAGUGGUGCGUGCAUAUGUAUUCACCCCCUUUGCUAUGAAGCCCCUAAAUAAGAUCUGGUGCAACCAAUUACCUUCAGAAGUCACAUAAUUAGUUAAAUAAAGUCCACCUGUGUGCAAUCUAAGUGUCACAUGAUCUCAGUAUAUAUACACCUGUUCUGAAAGGCCCCAGAGUCUGCAACACCACUAAGCAAGGGGCACCACCAAGCAAGCGGCACCAUGAAGACUAAGGAGCUCUCCAAACAGGUCAGGGACAAAGUUGUGGAGAAGUACAGAUCAGGGUUGGGUUAUAAAAAAAUAUCUGAAACUUUGAACAUCUCACGGAGCACCAUUAAAUUAUUAUUAAAAAAUUGAAAUAAUACGGCACCACAACAAACCUGCCAAGAGAGGGCCACCCACCAAAACUCACGGACCAGGCAAGGAGGGUAUUAAUCAGAGAGGCAACAAAGAGACCAAAGAUAACCGUGAAGGAGCUGCAAAGCUCCACAGCGGAGAUUGGAGUGUCUGUCCAUAGGACCACUUUAAGCUGUACACUCCACAGAGCUGGGCUUUACGGAAGAGUGGCCAGAAAAAAGCCUUUGCUUUAAGAAAAAAAUAAGCGAACACUUUUGGUGUUCACCAAAAGGCAUAUGGGAGACUCCCCAAACAUAUGAAAGAAGGUACUCUGGUCAGAUGAGACUAAAAUUGAGGAAUCAAGGAAAACGCUAUGUCUGGCGUAAACCCAAAACCUCUCAUCACACCGAGAACACCAUCCCCACAGUGAAGCAUGGUGGUGGCAGCAUCAUGCUGUGGGGAUGUUUUUCAUUGGCAGGGACUGGGAAACUGGUCAGAAUUGAAGGAAUGAUUGAUGGCGCUAAAUACAGGGAAAUGCUAAAUACAGAGGUUCACCUUCCAGCAGGACAAUGACCCUAAGCAUAAUGCUAAAGCAACACUUGAGUGGUUUAAGGGGAAACAUUUAAAUGUCUUGGGUGGCCUAGUCAAAGCCCAGACCUCAAUCCAAUUGAGAAUCUGUGGUAUGACUUAAAGAUUGCUGUACACCAGCGGAACCCAUCCAACUUGAAGGAGCUGGAGCAGUUUUGCCUUGAUGAAUGGGCAAAAAUCCCAGUGGCUAGAUAUGCCAAGCUUAUAGAGACAUACCCCAAGAGACUUGCAGCUGUAAUUGCUGCAAAAGGUGGCUCUACAAAGUAUUGACUUUUGGGGGCGUGAAUAGUUGUGCACGCUCAAGUUCUGUUUUUUUGUCUUAUUUCUUGUUUGUUUCACAAUAAAAAAUAUUUUGCAUCUUCAAAGUGGUAGGCAUGUUGUGUAAAUCAAACCAUAAUACAUACAAACCAAAAAUCAAUUUUAAUUCCAGGUUGUAAGGCAACAAAAUAGGAAAAAUGCCAAGGGGGGUGAAUACUUUCGCAAGCCACUGUAUGUGGCAGAGACCCCAGACAAUCACAGAUUAUAAAGGGAAAACCAGCCACGUCGCGGACACCGACAUAAUGCUCCCGGACAAGCUAGCCUUCUUCGCCCGCUUUGAGGAUAACACAGUGCCGCCGACAUGGGCCGCUACCAAGGACUGUGAGCUCUCGUUCUCCGUGGCCGACGUGAGUAAGACAUUUAAGCGUGUUCACCCUUGCAAGGCUGCCGGCCCAGGCGUCCUCAGAGCAUGCACAGACCAGCUGGCUGGAGUGUUUACGGACAUAUUCAAUCUCUCCCUAUCUCAGUCCCCACUUGCUUCAAGAUGUCCACCAUUGUUCCUGUACCCAAUAAAGUGAAGGUAACUGAAUUAAAUGACUAUCGCCCGCUAGCACUCACUUCAAAGCACUGUCAUCAUGAAGUGCUUUGAGAGGCUAGUUAAGGAGCAUAUCACCUCCACCUUACCCGAUACCCUAGACCCACUGCAAUUUGCAUACCGCCCCAAUAUAUCCACGGAUGAUGCAAUCGCCGUCGUACUGCACACUGGCCUAUCCCAUCUGGACAAGAGGAAUACAUAUGUAAGAAUGCUGUUCAUUAACUACAGCUCAGCCUUCAACACCGUAGUACCCUCCAAGCUCAUCAUUAAGUUGAGGGCCCUGGGUCUGAACCCAGUCCUGUGUAACUGGGUCCUGGACUUCCUGACUGGCCGCCCCCAGGUGGUGAAGGUAGGCAACAACACCUCCACUACGCUGAACACUGGGACCCCAUAAGGGUGCGUGCUCAGCCCCCUCCUGUACUCCUGGUUUACCCAUGACUGCAUGGCCACGCACGCCUCCAACUCAAUCAUCAAGUUUGCAGACGAUACCACAGUGGUAGGCCUGAUUUACCAACAAUGACGAGACAGCCUACAGGGAGGAGGUCAGGGCCCUGGCGAAGUGGUGCCAGGAAAACAACCUCUCUCUCAACAUCAACAAAACGAAGGAGCUGAUACCGGACUUCAGGAGACAGCAGAGGGAGCACACCCCCAUCCACAUCGACAUGGCCGCAGUGGAGAAGGUGAAAAGCUUAAAGUUCCUCAGGCUCCUCUUCAACCUCAGGAGGCUGAAUAAAUGUGGCUUGGUCCCUAACACCCUCACCAACUUUUACAUAUGCACCAUUAAGAGCAUCCUGUAAGGCUGUAUCACCGCCUGGUACGGCAACUUCACCGUCCGCAACCGCAGGGCUCUACAGAGGGUGGUACGGUCAGCCCAACGCAUCACUGAGAGCACACUGCCUGCCCUUCAGGACAACUAAAUCACCCGGUGUCACAGGAAGGCCAAGAAGAUCAUCAAGGACCUCAGCCACCCGAGCCACGGCCUAUUCGCCCCGCUAUCAUCCAGAAUGCGAGGUCAGUACAGGUGCAUCAAAGCUGGGACCGAGGGACUGAAAAACAGCUUCUAUCUCAAGGCCAUCAGACUGUUAAAUAGCCAUCACUAGCGGGCCUCCACCCAGUACCCUGGCCUGAACUUAGUCGCUGUCACUAGCCGGCUACCACCCGGUUACUCAUCCCUGCACCAUAGAGGCUGCUGCCCUAUGUACAUAGACAUGGAACACUGGUCACUUUAAUAAUGUUUACAAAGUGUUUUACCCAUUUCAUAUGUAUAUACUGUAUUCUAGUCAAGGCCAUCCUAUUCAACUAUUGCUGUACAUACAUUGCAUUCGGAAAGUAUUCAGACCCCUUGACUUUUUACAUAUUGUGAUACGUUAAGUCUUAUUCUAAAAUUGAUUAAUUGUUUCUUUCCCCCUCAUCAAUCUACACACUACCACAUAAUGAUAAAGCAAAAACAGGUUGUUAGAAAUGUUUACACGUAUAAAAAAAAUAAUAAUAUAUGAUCACAUUUACAUAAGUAUUCAGACCCUUUACUCAGUACUUUGUUGAAGCACCUUUGGCAGCGAUUAUAGUCUCAAGUCUUCUUGGGUAUGAUGCUACAAGCUUGGCCACCUGUAUUUGGGGAGUUUCUCCCAUUCUUCUCUGCAGAUCCUCUCAAGCUCUGUCAGGUUGGAUGGGGAUCGUCGCUGCACAGUUAUUUUCAGGUCUCUUCAGAGAUGUUCGUUCAGGUUCAAGUCCGGGCUCUGGCUGGGCCACUCAAAGACAUUCAGAGACUUGUAAUGAAGCCACUCCUGCGUUGUCUUGGCUGUGUGCUUAGGGUUGUUGUCCUGUUGGAAGGUGAACAUUUGCCCCAGUCUGAGGUCCUGAGUGCUCUGGAGCAGGUUUUCAUUAAGGUUCUCUCUGUACUUUGCUCCGUUCAUCUUUCUCUCGAUCCUGACUAGUCUCCCAGUCCCUGCCACUGAAAAACAUGAUGCUGCCACCACCAUGCUUCACCGUAGGGAUGGUGCCAGGUUUCCUCCAGAUAUGACGCUUGUCAUUCAGACCAAAGAGUUCAAUCUUUGUUUCAUCAGACCAGAGAAUCCUAAAAAACAGUAUAUCAUUGGAGCACAUUUUUUAUUUAUACAUCACCUUUAUUUUUACAGGGAGUAAUGUUGAGACCAAGGUCUCUUUACAAAUGAGCCCUGUAAUUACAAAGAUACACACAAUUUUCAGGCUGAGAAAAGCCUUUGAAGACUGGGGAAGUGAUAUGAUGUGGCUACAUCAGUAGUGCCAAACAGGUACACUGCUGAAUUGACAAUAUGAUAAUAGAUUUUAAGGAAGUCUGAAGUAUGGUCUAUGAUUUACAUACAUUUUAGUCAUUUAGCAGACGCUAUUAUCCAGAGCAAUUACAGGAGCAAUUAGGGUUAAAUGCCUUGCUCAAUGGCACAUCGACAUAUUUUUCACAUAGUCAGCUCGGGGAUUCGAACCAGCGACCUUUCGUUUACUGGCCCAACACUCUUAACCUUUAGGCUACAUACUAAGGAAAGGCAAACAACUUGUCAUACCAAUGGGUGAUCAGCAUGAAUUGAUCAACAGUUAAUUAUAAAGUACUCUUUUGGUAGCACUGAUGCAAACUUCAAGUGGCAACCAGACAAGUCUGAUUACAUGACACUGUGAGUGUGAUUAGUUUAAGAUCUUAAUUCAGAAGAAAACAUGUUGCCCAACAAUAGUUAAUCCUCUUGUCUUCUGUCACGGUUUCCCUCCCUCCUUUCUUCCCUCCGUCGCUCCCUCGACCUGUCCUCAUGGUCAGAUCUGGGACACGGCAGGGCAGGAGAGGUUCCAGUCUCUGGGUGUUGCGUUCUACCGCGGGGCAGACUGCUGUGUGCUGGUGUUUGAUGUGACUGCCCCCAACACCUUCAAAACUCUAGACAGCUGGAGGGACGAGUUCCUCAUCCAGGCCAGCCCCAGAGACCCCGAGAACUUCCCCUUUGUGGUGCUAGGCAACAAGAUCGACCUGGAGAACAGACAGGUGGGUGACAGAUGACUAUAGACGUUACCACAUCUAAUGUUAGUUACUGGACCUAAUGCUACUUGGUUAAAGAUGGUAAUGUUACCACUUCUAGUACUACAGUCACUGGCCCUAAUGCUACUGUUGCUAAUGUCAUCUCCAAUGGAGUUUCCAUACAUAUGAUUCAAAGUUUCUCAGUAGCAGGGUAUGCUCUAAUGUAAACUCAGCAAAAAAAGAAACGUCCUUUCACUGUCAACUGCGUUUAUUUUCAGCAAACUUAACAUGUGUAAAUAUUUGUAUGAACAUAACAAGAUUCAACAACUGAGACAUAAACUGAACAAGUACCACAGACAUGUGACUAACAGAAAUUGAAUAAUGUGUCCCGGAAUAAAGGGGGGUCAAAAUCAAAAGUAACAGUCAGUAUCUGGUGUGGCCACCAGCUGCAUUAAGUACUGCAGUGCAUCUCCUCCUCAUGGACUGCACCAGAUUUGCCAGUUCUUGCUGUGAGAUGUUACCCCACUCUUCCACCAAGACACCUGCAAGUUCCCGGACAUUUCUGGGGGGAAUGGCCCUAGCCCACACCCUCCGAUCCAACAGGUCCCAGACGUGCUCAAUGGGAUUGAGAUCCGGGGUCUUCGCUGGCCAUGGCAGAACACUUGACAUUCCUGUCUUGCAGGAAAUCACGCACAGAACGACCAGUAUGGCUGGUGGCAUUGUCAUGCUGGAGGGUCAUGUCAGGAUGAGCCUGCAGGAAGGGUAACACAUGAGGGAGGAGGAUGUCUUCCCUGUAACGCACAGUGUUGAGAUUGCCUGCAAUGAUAACAAGCUCAGUCCAAUGAUGCUGUGACACACCGCCCCAGACCAUGACAGACCCUCCACCUCCAAAUUGAUCCCGCUCCAGAGUACAGGCCUCGGUGUAACACUCAUUCCUUCAACGAUAAACGCGAAUCCGACCAUCACCCCUGGUGAGACAAAACCGCGACUCGUCAGUGAAGAGCACUUUUUGCCAGUCCUGUCUGGUCCAGCGACGGUGGGUUUGUGCCCAUAGGCAACAAUGAUGUCUGGUGAGGACCUGCUUUACAACAGGCCUACAAGCCCUCAGUCCAGCCUCUCUGUCUAUUGCGGACAGUCUGAGCACUGAUGGAGGGAUUGUGCAUUCCUGGUGUAACUCGGGCAGUUGUUGUUGCCAUCCUGUACCUGUCCCGCAGGUGUGAUGUUUGGAUGUACCGAUCCUGUGCAGGUGUUGUUACACGUGGUCUGCCACUGCGAGGACGAUCAGCUGUCCGUCCUGUCUCCCUGUAGCGCUGUCUUAGGCGUCUCAUAGUACGGACAUUGCAAUUUAUUGCCCUGGCCACAUCUGCAGUCCUCAUGCCUCCUUGCAGCAUGCCUAAGGCACAUUCACGCAGAUGAGCAGGGACCCUUGGUGUUUUUCAGAGUCAGUAGAAAGGCCUCUUUAGUGUCCUAAGUUUUCAUAACUGUGACCUUAAUUGCCUACCGUCUGUAAGUUGUUAGUGUCUUAACGACCAUUCCACAGGUACAUGUUCAUUAAUUGUUUAUGGUUUAUUGAACAAGCAUGGGAAACAGUGUUUAAACCCUUUACAAUGAAGAUCUGUGAAGUUAUUUGGAUUUUUACUAAUUAUCUUUGAAAGACAGGGUCCUGAAAAAGGGACGUUUCUUUUUUUGCUGAGUUUAUGUGUUUCACCAAUAUUGGGGUCUCAUAGAUCUCAUCUGAUGUUUGUGAAUGUCUUUCCAUCCACACCCAGGUGACGACCAAGCGGGCUCAGGCAUGGUGUCAGAGUAAGAACAACAUCCCCUACUUUGAGACCAGUGCCAAGGAGGCCAUCAACGUAGAGCAGGCCUUCCAGACCAUCGCACGCAACGCCCUAAAACAGGUGGGUGGGGCCAGGAUCAUCAUGGCAGCUCACAGGAGGGAAUUGGGGGUUUUGUUGAAAGAAAUACAUUUUAUUUUUGUGUCAAAUCGUCAGUUGACAACCCAUCCCUUAUGGGAUUAGUUGACACAUAAACAAACAUGACAAUAAUUAACUGUGAUAAUUCAGUGUGCAUCGCAUAAAGAGUAAAAAUAUAUAUCAAUACAUAAUAGUAAAUAAGGUCAUCCAAACAAUAAUUAUAUCCCUAGAGCAGCAAAAAUAUAUAUAUACAUAUACAGAUAAAUACAGGAAAAUGAAAUCGAAGGCAUUUGAACACAGUCUGGCACAAAGAGAAGAUUAAAGUGGGAGACAGGCCUUGUUUUUGUUGACUGUUCUUUCAGAGGACUACUUAGAUUCCAGUUUCUCCCUCUCUCUUUUAUUUUAAUCAGGAGACGGAGGUGGAGCUGUAUAAUGAAUUCCCGGAACCCAUCAAGCUGGACAGGAAUGACAGAGCAAAGCCUUCAGCAGAGGCCUGCAGCUGCUGAGGGGCAACAUGGACUAUCUUCUGUCUGGCUUUCAGGAACAACCCUCUUCUCUCUCGACACCUGCUCCCCCCUAGGGAAAGGACUGCCCCUCUGGUUUCUGCAUGCACCCAUAUCACAUCCCCCUCCCAGCCAGAAUCCCACCGAGUUUCCAGUUACUUACACGUACUGCACAUGAUGGGUGUAUACAUACACCUCCAACACACAUUCAUUCACUCCCACACAUACACAUCUUGAUGAAUCCAAUGCCCAAAGAUCACGUGAGAGAAGAAUUGGUACACCCCUGUAGACUCCACUAUGCCUGCCCGUUCCUGAAUCCAUAUCAUGAGUGAACCCACAACCUGGCCCACCCUGUCUGACUGUGUCCCCUCUCUGUCUCACAUUUGGGGGGCAGAUGGAGCCAUGUCCUAAGAGUGCAGUGGAGAACUCUAAAGUGAUGGCUGAAGCUUUUUGACAUGAGAUUAUGAUGAUAUCUUUGUGUCAUUGUCCUGAGACAUCUAAUCCUCUGUAUUUUCUGUUCUUCUGAAAUAUGUUUUGUUUUGACUUGAAGUUCUAUAUUGCCUACCUUACUGUUGACAAAUAAUCAGCUGUACUAUAAUUUUUUGUUCGUAUUGGCUGUCGAUGUUAAGUCUUAAGCCAAUCGGAAGCUUAUACUUGUUUUUGCACUUUGUUGUUUUACUGAUAUUUUUUUGUUAUAAACUCUUAUUUGGGCAAGACUGACGACAAGCCACGAACAACACUGCUCCCAUCAUCCUUCCCCGGGAAGCCUGUUGAUGCUAUAAAAAAAAUGCACAGGAGGCUGUCAACGCCCUUUUGUAGGGAGUGCGCAUUGGUUGGUUUAGUAGCCUCACGUUGCAGGGGAAAUAUUCAUAAGUAGGCAAUGACGAGAAAAGCUGACGACACAAAUACAAUGAAAGACAUGGAGAAAGUACUUAUUAAGAGAUUAAUACUAUUUGCUACUUAAUAAUACUAGAGCUACUGCUACUACUGUUCUAUAUGUCAUUUCCAUUGUCAGCCAACUUGUUUCAACACUAGAAUUACAGCUCUGUCCCUAUUUACAUCUGUCAACUGUUAUGUCUGUAUUGUCUCUACUGUAUCUCUCUCUCUGCUGGUAGCUCAGGUUGGCAAGAGUUUGUUAAUAAGUGCUUAAUAUUACUUUUUAACAGAUUGUGUACUACUAUUGCGUGUGGAUAUAACAGGAACAGUCGGAAAAAGAUGAGAGAUGAAACAAUUAGAUGUUAUUUCUAUCAAUCACAAAGAAACAGUCCAAGGAUUUGCCCUGGUAUUACUCCUCUUAAUGAAAUAAUCAGUGCUAUGCCAAUUCAGUUGUUGAGUAUUGGGAUUUCAAAAGUAAUGCUAAUAAAAAAUUAUUCAAUAUAAACA